UAUCUAAGCCGUCCAAAUCUGUAUAUUGGUUAACCAUCACAUUGAUUAAUUUCAAAUGAAUUAUGGACAGGGUGUUGCAAAGGUGGGCUGAACACGUCCAUCAUGCUGAACAUAACAUUUGGAGGGCUCUGAUCUUGUACGUCUCAGCCGGUGGACUGAAGGAGGCACUGGCAGCACUUCGUGAGGCACAGCUGCCUGACACAGCAGCCAUGUUCAUAUUCGCUUGCCGUGAAAUCCUUGAUGAAUUUCUCUCUACUCUGGAUACGGAUGAAGAAUCAGAUUCUUCAACAAAGAAUAAGAAGUUUAACUUAGCUGAGCUGAACCCGGAGAAUGUAGAUGUUAUUGCAGUUGGUGAAUAUUACGGACAGUAUCAAAGGAAAUUAGUACAUCUGUGCAUGGACUCCCAGCCGUACUCCGACUGAGCAGCCCUGGGUGGUAUUGCUGGCUCGUAAUUUCUGGGUUAUAGUGCCAACCAAAGCGAGCUCUUUUAUGUUCCAGCAACUAAAGAAGUUGGGAGGAUGGAUUCAAAUCACCUGGUUUCUCUGUCAAAAUCGUACGUUGCAACGUGGCCAAUUUGGACGAAAGGUUUUUGGAAGAGUUGUUGCUUUAGAAACAUCAGUCACCACUCAAAAGGUGAUAUUGCACAACUGGAACACAGAAUAUAUAAUGUGGAUAGUUUUUUAAACACCUCAUUUGAUCAUUUUUAUGCAAUGCUUUGACAUACCAAAUACAGAGGGCCAAUUAGUGAAUUGUGUGUUUUAUAGUAGAAAGAUUACAGAUAACUGUAAAUUCUUAUAAUUCCUUUCUUGUUUGAAAUUGACUCUUAACAAAAUAUGCUUUGAUGGCUUUUGUUGAGUCUGCGGGGGGUACUUUAAAGAGAAUUAUUAUUUGAUUAUUUUCCCAAAUUUUCUGUAUUCGGGUGAAAAAUAGUGUGUGAAUAUGAAUCUUUUUUUGUACCAAAACUAGCAGUGAAAAUUGAUUAUAUGUUGGAAUUU